AUGGAGAGUCUCAAUAUUAUACUUCGUGACAGCGUUUGCGGUCGGCUGCUCAACCAUUUGUCGAACGGACGGUUCUUCUCCUACCAUGUAUCCCAAACCCUCAAGAUUGAGGAUGGCCCGAGUCAAGACCCUCAGCAGCGGAUCAUGGUAGCUUUCGUCGGUCCUGAUGAUUCGGACAUCCCUCAUAACUGGCCGACGCUGGCAAGGAUGGUCGCGGGAUUCAACGUCAUGCUAUUGAACUUUAGCUUCUAUGCAGCAUCGGCAAUCUUUACUCCAAGCAUUUUGGGUAUCCAGGAGGCAUUCCAGGCUACCACUGCGGAGGGCACACUGGGGCUUUCACUCUUUGUAAUUGCGUAUGGAAUUGGGCCUCUGAUUCUUUCGCCGCUGUCGAGCCUACCAACACUUGGCCGAUCGCCUGUAUAUGUCCUCGGCAGCCUUGCUUUCUGCUUGCUCAACAUCGGGACGGCUCUGGCAAAGAAUAUACAAACGGUUUUGGUACUGCGCUUCUUGGGGGGAUUCGUCGGAAGCGCACCUAUCAGUGUCGGCGGAGCCUCGCUGAUGGAGAUUUUCAAGCCGAAUGAGGUUCCCUACGCAAUUGCACUGUACGCAGUCAGUGGAGUCUGCGGACCUAUACUAGGACCGAUUCUUGGAACCCUUGCAAUAAAGCGCUGGAAAUCUUGGACAGCAACACUCUGGCUCUUGUCUGGUAUCACGGCUUUCACCACCGUAUCAACCUUCUUUCUUCUACCCGAGACCUUAUCCUCGAAUAUUCUUCUACGACGAGCAAAGCGCCUUCGCGCACAGACGGGAAACACUGCCUAUCAGAGUGAGACCGAAAUUCAACCAAGCGAAAACCUCGCUGUACGCAUUGUCAAGGAUAUUGGCAACGAUCUCAAACUUGCCUGUAUGGACCCAGUAAUCUUGUUUGUUAACCUGCACACAAUGCUCGUUUACGGUAUUUUGUACCUUUGGUUUGAGUUAUUCCCAUUUGUCUUCGACGGCAUCUAUCAUUUCACCCCAAUCCAGCAAGGCCUUGCUUUUUUUGGUAUUCUCGUCGGAGCAGCGGUUUCGGUCGCUGCAUACAUUCUGUGGUUAUAUGUUUCCUAUCAGCCACGAGUGGCUGAUGUAAAUGUCGUGGUUGAGCCAGAGGCUCGUCUCAUACCGGGACAAAUAGGAGCGAUAUGUAUUCCAGUCUGCCUUUUCAUCUUUGCGUGGACAUCCAGAGAAAGUGUACAUUGGAUCGUCCCGAUCAUUGGCACAGCCUUUUUUGCACCCGGCUUUUACCUUACUUUUCAAUCCAUUCUCAAUUACCUCGGCGAAUCCUAUCCGCGCCAUGUCGCAAGCGUAUUUGCUGGUAACACCUUCUUUCGGAGCUCGUUUGGAGGAGCACUACCAUUGGCUGCACCUCGCAUGUUGAAUUCACUUGGAAUUGGGUGGGCCUCGAGCACGCUUGGGUUCAUCUCUGUUGCGAUGGUGCCUUUGCCUUUCAUUUUACACCGAUAUGGCAAGAGACUGCGUUCUUGGAGCCAAUUUGCGAACUAG